AUGGAGUUUUGGUUUCCUGGAAUUGACCUAAACAAGCCAGUACAAGAUGAGGGAUAUGAUCAGGGUAAUGCACAAGAUAAUACAGGGCAAGUUAUGCAGGAAGAAAUCCAACAUGAACAUGAAGCUACAGGGCAAGGGGAGCAAGCAACAGGCAAUUCUGGAAUGGAUGCAGGGGCAUCUGUAGAGUCUGUAGAUGCUGACACAGGGAAUACAAUGUCAACUGAUGAUUCUGGCGAAGAGGAUGAAGUCCAGUCUACACCAAGUCUAACUCCAGUAGAGAAGCCGUACCCAAAUAUGUUGUUUGCUUCAUGGGAAGAAGCAAAAAUGUGCUACAACAGAUAUGCUAAGCAUGUUGGAUUCUCAAUCAAGUCUAGUACCUCAAGGAAAUCUACUGUUGACAAGCAGACAGACAAAUACCUCUUUGUAUGCAACAAGAGUGGGAAAAACGUCGACAUUAACAAGCAGGAAGUUCCACCAGUCCGACAGCGGAACCGUACAAUUACUAAGAAGACUGACUGUAAAGCACGUCUUCGAGUUAAGAGAAGGGGUGACAAAUGGCGCGUUACAAUGUCCAUUGAGGAACACAAUCAUGCAUGUAUUAAAAAGUUUUCGCUGAAAAGGUUCUUAAGGUCACAUAAAGGAAUUCCUAAGGAAGAAAGGGAAUUUGUGAAGCUACUGCACAAGGUUAAUCUGUCCGCUGGUCGGGUGAUGACCAUAAUGGCAGAAUUGUAUGGGAAGCUUGGAAAUGUACCUUAUGAACGCAAAGAUGUCAGUAACUACAUGGCAUCCAUUGAUACUGCAGCACGGAAGAACAAUGACAUGUCGAAGCUGCUGGCACAAUUUGAGGAAGUAAAGGUACAUGAUCCAGAAUUCUUCAAGAAAAUCGAUCUUGACCAUGAUGACAGGGUUAGAAGGAUAUUCUGGGUUGAUGGGCCAGCUCGAGCAGCAUACAAGAAAUACAAUGAUUGCUUGUCGUUUGACGCAACUUACAUGACAAACUGCUAUAGCAUGCCAUUUGCACCAUUCAUUGGAAUAAAUAGAUAUGGUCAAUCUAUUCAGCUAGGAUGUGGUUUCCUACGCAACGAGCAGAUAGAAGAUUAUGUUUGGCUAUUUGAGGCUUUUCUUGAAGCUAUGGAUGGAGUCCAACCAAUCAAUAUUAUCACUGAUCAGGAUGCAUCAAUGAGAAGUGCCAUCUUGAGUGUAUUUCCUGAUUGUUGUCACCGGAAUUGUCGAUGGCACAUUAUGCAGAAUGCCCAAGGUGUGUUGGGUAAUGACAUGGCUAAAAAUGAACCCCUAAGGCUGGAGUUUAAUGCUACCAUUGACUACAGCAUGACAGUUGAGGAGUUUGAAACUAGGUGGGCAGAGAUGAUUUUGAAGCACAAUGUUGCAGACAACACACACUUGCAGGAUAUUUAUGACAUGAGAGCUUCUUUUGUCCCUGCAUACUUUAAGGACAGAUUCUUCCCAUUCCUACAAACUACAGCACGCAGCGAGGGUUUUAAUGCGGUGCUAAAAAGAUACGUCACUCCACACCACAGCCUCUCCCAUUUCUUUGAACAAUACAUGAAGCUGCAGGAGAAAAUUGAUGUGGCAGAAGAUUCAAAUGAAUUCAAGGAGGAAGACAAGAUCUUCAGAUUUUGGGGAGAGUGGCCUCUGGAAGAGCAUGCUUUCCAUGUGUACACAAUGCCUAUAUACUUGCGUUUCCGGGCUGAGCUUCGGAAAGUUACAUCCUAUAAUGCAACCCAUGUGGCUGGGCAGAUUUUUUAUGUAGUUCCAGUUGCUGGAUCUGUUUUUGGGUAUGGCAAAAGGACCUACAGAGUGGAAGCUAAUUCAGAGGAAGGCAUCUACAUUUGCGAGUGUUCUAAAAUAAACAGGGAUGGCUUAUUGUGCUGCCAUGCAUUGAGGGUAAUGGCGCAGUUAGCUGAAUCAGAGAAAGCUACAGCUUUAGCAGAAAAGUACAUGCGUGAGUUGGGUAAAGAAUUAGCCGCAAUGAAGAUUAGUGCUGCAGCCAAGAGGAAAGAUAAAAAACAACCAAGCAAAAAUGAUGGAGUGACACCCGAGACUGAAAUUGGUGGUGAUGGUGGUCAAGGUAGCAGUACCCAGUACGAGCAUGUGAGGGACCCUAUACUUACUACAACUAAAGGCCGUCCUGAAGAGAAGAGGAAAAAGUCAGGGCUGCAUUUGAAGGCUUCAAAACCGCAGAAAUGCAGAGGUUGUGGUUCUGCACAACACUCUACAUCAGAAUGCCCAUCAAAGAUCACUCCUGCUCCAGAACAGAAAGAGUUCGAUUUCUUCCGCGAUAUGGUUUAG